GGGACCCCGGAUAAUCGGAGUUUUUCAGUAAAUAUCCAUAAAACCAGCGGUGGUGAUGUUUUUCAUACGGAGGUUCUGAUCUUUUUUUUCCCUCUUGUAACAUUUCCGCCUCGAUCUCGUCCACAAAUAAACGAAGGCCGUUUGGUGGUGCUCUGUACGAUCUGACUCUCUUACUGUACCGUGUGGCUAUUGUGCGUUCCCAACAUAAAUUCGUCCGUAGUUUGGCCCGCGUCGGAAAAUGUGAAUUACGCCAAGUGCGUAGGACUUCCGAUUCGGAUGCAGGAAGAAAACUUCCAGGGCGGGAGAAUAAUGCGUCACAGUGCGAUUUAACACAACGGGUGUGUAAGAAUUGGUGCAGUGCAAUCCGGCAGGUGUAACUGUGGGACAUAAUGUUACGUGCCACAUCCAAACAUUCCUUGAGCGGAAGUGCGGAAGCACGGUGCGGAAUAAUGCACACAGGAGUAGCAUGGAGAAGAAGUUUGAGGGGAUAGCUUCCGGCUCCAGCAGAUAGUGUCCACCUUGCGUUUGCAAAUUUAUGAUACCUACACAAUCAGCAGUGAAAGUUUAAAAUUUUUAGCUAAAAGUGUAUGAAGACAUUGAACAAUCAAAACAGCCUAAGAAACUAAUUUCAUUGGGGAGAUCAUCAUCAGAAAAGCGGCGAAGAACCAUAUUAAGUUUUGCUUUACGUCCCACAACAGAUUCUGAAAGUCUAGUAAACUCUCAGCUGGCAACGGAACUAUUGUAGUUUGCAGGUGCAACACUUCACAAAUACUGUAGAAUCAUCAACCAUAUACUGUAAAAUAAACUACCAAAAACAUUUACGGAACAGUGUGGUUUGCUAAACGUUUCCAGCCAGUUCGUCUUAGUGAUCAGUUGAGUUUGAAGCUGUAGGAAAGAAACAAUUUUCGGUAUACCGCGAUUAUAGUGAAUAUUGCAUAAAUUGAACUACUUACGUUUGCAACUGCCGGAGAAAAGGAGAAGAGUGUGUGCUUUGUGUGCGAAUGUGUUAUUAUAUAGUAGGGAGCAUGUCAUAACAAUGCUUCCCGCUACAAGCUGCAAGCAAUCUUCUUUAAGUUAUUUUAUCAUUUUACCUCAAGAACUAAGUUACAUUCGUUUACGUCACCGUUUCCGAUCGCGAUCGAAUCGAAAGAAUUGUGCAUUGCAUCCACAACUGCUCAUCACGAAUGAGAACUAUUACUCAAGUUGCCGAUGUACUGUUGCCUGCUAUAGUUCCGACACAUCUGUCUCCUGCAAUAGAGUAUCCACUGGGGGUCUAUCGAACUAUAAGUUCCCCGGCGUUAGAAGCACAGGAGAACGCACUGCAGCAUGCUGAAACCGUUAAAAGAUUUGCUUACCUAUUUGCAAAGAAAUGCUAACAGUUCAAACAUAUUCGGGUUAACAACACCAACCGCCACAACCACAAUGGGUCCAAACGAUAAUCCAAGGAUUGAUGAAACGAUGAUUGAAAGCGAGGAUCUGAUACUGGAUGAUAGCGAUCCGCUCAACGAUCCGCUCGCUUUGGACGAUUGUUCUGGCACGGAGAUAAACGUGUCCAGUGCAAGUGUUGGGAGUGAGGACGACGACGGGAUCUCGUCUGACAAGAUAAUUCUAGUCGACGUGACUACACUGAAGCCCAAAGAGCACCAAGAUGAAAUUGAAACUGACGACGAUGAGGAUGUCGCAGGGAAGGACGAUGAAACAGUAAUGCUAGAAGAUGAUGAAAAACCUAUUGGUAACGUGCACAUCGACUUGGUUGAUGCAGCGGAAGCUGAAGCGAUAGAUGCAGAUGUGUCCUCUACCAGCCCGAAUAAUGCUGAUGAUAUCAUUAUUGUACAGAGUGACAGUACACAAUCGAUCUCCUGCAGCCAGUUGGAUUCCAGUGUUUUAAUCGAGAAGGAUGUACGGCAUUCGUCGCUAACACUGGACGAAGAUCCUGGCGAAAAAGAAGGGGAAAUUGUGGUAAAACGAAUAAUAAUCGAAUCGGCAGAAUAUGUUGAUGAUGUUGAUGCCGUGCCGGAAAGCAUAGAACAGCAUCCCAUACCGAUUGAGACAACAACCGAACAAAUGCAGCAAGCUAAUGAAGGAGAAGAAGAGGAAGAAGCUAGUGAUGGUUCCGAUUCUGGAUUGGGUUUGGAACCGUCGCGAAAUGUUGCCCCGUGUGGCACUAGUACCAGUAGCAGCACUCACCACAGUAGUAGUAACAGUCCCCUACAGCAACCACCAAUCAAGAGCAGCUUAAAGCGACGCUCGGAACCACUGGACGAUAAUAUGUCCGUGCAGCAUCAAAAGGAGGAUGGAGUGAGCAGUCAGAAAAGGCCCAAAAAGGGUAUCACCUUUGAAGGAGUGACGGUGUAUUAUUUUCCUCGCAUUCAAGGGUUUGGCUGUGUUCCGUCGCAAGGUGGAUGUACGCUGGGGAUGGAGUUUCAGCACGUUCAUACUAGACGAUUAACACUUUCGGAGCAUUCCGCCGAACAGCGAAAGGUACACCGGCAGCAGAAUCAGGAGCUGAACCCCCGCAGUUCAUCCAGUGAAGACACGAGCAGCGAAGAAGAACCGAGCGAGAGCGGUUCCGAAGCGGAAAGUGAAUCGUACGGGUUUUUGCAACCAGUGUCCACGCGGCAACGGAGAGCACUGCUGAAAGCGGCCGGUGUGCGCAAGAUCGAUCCAACGGAAAAGGACGAUUGUCGUGAGAUUCGAACAUCGCGCGAAGUGUGCGGUUGCACGUGUCGUGGUUUUUGCGAUCCUAACCGAUGUGCCUGCAGCUUGGCGGGCAUCAAGUGUCAGGUCGAUCGGCCCAAUUUCCCGUGCGGCUGUACACUCGAGGGCUGUGCUAAUACGGCGGGACGCGUUGAGUUUAAUCCGGGCCGCGUUCGGACCCACUUUUUGCAUACCAUCAUGAAGCUGCAAAUGGAGGGAGACAAUAGGAAAGCGAUGGAGACAGGGAGCAGUGCCGGUAAUGGAGCGCUACUGUCCCGUACGGGUAAUACGCACGCUGGCGCAAGUGAUACGAACGAUAGCAGUUAUGUGAUAGGUAAUGAAAAAAAUUGGUCCAAUGGUCCAGUACGAUUACCACCGAGUAUGGUCGCAUACGGUGCGAGUGUUCAUCCUGGUCCUUCGUCCGCUGGCAACGCAAUGGCUGAUGGGAUCAGCGCAAUGCAUCCAGUGGCGGGAAUGCAUCACCAUCAUGCGCAUAAUCAUCUUACACACCACCAGCCACCGGUUGGGCUGCAGCAGAAUGGUUUGCAUCAUAACAUGGCCGGCCAUCUGCAGCAUCCUCAUCAUCUGUCACAUCAAGCUUCCCCGUAUCUUAAUCAUCACGGCACAGAUUCUUCCCAUCAGAAUUAUCUGCUUGCCGCAAACUCGCCUGCCCCGCAUCUGAUCGGUGGUGCCGGUUUAUCGUCCGCAUCAUCGGAUUCACUCGAUCUACAUUAUGCUUUCCGAGAUUAUUAUGCAGGACUUGAGGAAGGAUCGGAAGGAGAGAGCAGGAAUGCCGUAGGAAUUCCAAUGCAUCAGCGACCUUCUUGCAGCGGCACCGAACCGCCUUUAUCGCUGCACGCUGAUAUGUAUUAUAGAGCGAACUAUCCUAGCUACGGGAAUGAAGGAACAAGUACAACGUCUAACGUAGAUCUUUAUCGGCAGGACUCAAUGUUGCCCUUACAUGUGUCCAAUGACAGCAGCUCUACUGCAGCACACCAGCAUAUGCUUACGACGGGGCAUGAUCGGCCGUUGCAGAGUGUUCAGUACGGAAAUCACCAUGAACACCAAACUCCAGGCAACGUGGCCUGUUUUCCGGAAAAGAGACCAGACUGUGCCAACGAUCCGGUGUCCAGUGUGCCGAAAGUGCCUCAACAAAGCGUUAGUAGUGACAUACCGUCGGCUACAGUAUCGCUCGACACGUCCUCUGGAUCGAAUUUCUCCCGCACCGGACAGAAUGCGACGAUGCAAUCGUCACUCAGUGUCGCCACUUCAGAAAACUGUGAUCUCAACGUGACUGUCAUUAGUGACACAUCCUCCAGCUCGAAUGAAACGACCGGUGAAGUAACGAUUGUGGAAUCGGACGACAUGCCUAGAGACGUAAGCGUGGUCAUUGAUGAUGACGAUGACGAUGAUGGUGAAGAUGCGAUAGUUGUGAUCGAUAAUGCAGGAAGCUUACGACCACACAUAAACACCCAAGUGAGCAGUUUCAUCGAUCUGACAACACCGCAGGCCGAUAACACGGAGCGCCACACCCAAGUGAGCAGUUUCAUCGAUCUGACAACACCGCAGGCCGAUAACACGGAGCGGCUGGAAGCCAUUAAUGAUUUGCUGGAAAAUAGCCGCAAAACUGUCAGCAUCGUACGACGGUCCAUCGCAGCUGAGGAGGAUGAUGAAUUGCGAGAUUUUCAACACCCUCCAGUAGAACCGGCAAGUGUCGAUGUGUCUUACCAUGAAGAAGACGAUGAAGUUGUGUCCGUGGAUCAAAUAAUGCGAUCGCUGCAGCCUUCAAGUACGAGGAAUUAUGAGAACGAUUUUCCAAAGCGGAUGGAAAAUCCGGCCGGUAUGCGAUCGCAUACGAACGGUGCCAUUGCCAAUGGUCGCGACGCGCAACACUAUCAGCAACAACAGAAGAGGGUUCGAUUUUCCACCGUCGGAGAAGAUUCCGAUGGAUCGGUUAGGAAAAUAUUACACAAUGGAUCCGGUACGGUCAGUUCCGUUUCUUCGUACCCGUGCGAUGCAAUGUUAGCGGGAGAACGUGUGCCUGUUGUAUCGACCUCAUCCGGUUUGGUUGCGGCUACUGUAAGCUCACCAUCGGUGGCGACGCUGGAACCAAGUGAAAAUUUGUGUGAAAUUAUCAAAAACAGUAUCGUUGAAACCGCCGUGUCACAUUGAACAGAUAAGAACGUGCGAGGAACGUGCGUGGGUUGAAACAAAAGGCAAAAUAAAAAUGCAUAAACCUGCCGAUAUUAAACGAUUCCACAUCGCGGACUGAAGGGUAAGGUUUGUUCGUAAGCUGUGUUAAUUUUUUUGAAUUAGCCUACAUUUCUGUUCUGUUCAUACAGCACAAAGGCAGAGCAGGCCAAAAUCAGAGACAGAAAGUUAUAGCGACCGAAUAUGUUUUUUGGUUUUAUGAAGCGAGAUGCUCUGUUGGUAAUGGUUAAGUUUUAUUCGUUUCGUUACCUAUAUGUUUUUGUAACAGUUAUUUUAAUCUCUGGAAUCAUCAUAUCCACGAGUAUCCUUUUUUUAUUGCUUUUUUAUACGUAUUACUCUAUAGUUCAGUUAUACGAGUUUCCGUAUUUCCAAAGAACAAACCUCAGCAUUGUUAGAAUUGUUCGUACCCGAUACGAUGAUCACGUUGCACUUCAACGAUACGACAAAUUGAACACUUAAUAGAUUACUGAAGGAGAAUAACUUUAGUUGCAAAUGACAAGGAUUAACUUAAUUAGAAGCACUACUGUAGCGUUCAAUGCAAACGAGAACGGUUGAACAGAACAUCCCUGAAUUAUGAAUUUAGCAAACAAUGCGUUGAACUGUACGAGUAAGUAGAAUGCUGUGUAUGUGUUAUGUAAAUACGUAGCGUACUAUGUACCGCAUGAACAUUCAUUUAGGACGUUCGGAAAUUGUAAUUAAUAGGUAAAAAAAACGUUAUACUAAUGGUAUGGAUUCCAAAAAAUAUAAACGAAUAAUGCAAAAACAAACACAUACCCCCAACAACUGCAAGCAAAAUUCGCAUGGAACAAAUGACUAAACUCCGACCAUCCAUCUCGCCUUCUCGUAGCAUCAGGUUUUCUUUUCAUAUGGCUUUAAAAACACAUAAGAUGUGAAAAGAAACUAGCACGAAGAAGAAGGGAAGGGUACUGUGGGAAUAAAUGGAGAAGCGACGUAACGAAAGAUAAUAUCUACAACAAAACUUAUAAAAUAAAAAAUUAGCAAGAAAAUCUUUUUAAAA